GGGUAGCGGUUACCAGUUGCCUCCGUACGUACGUUGAAUGGACACGGCUCGGAUGUCGAUUACCAGUGCAAAUCGAGCCACCUAAAAACACAAUACGCGGCUAAAUCCCGAUACGGUACGCAGUAGGUUUACAAAACGACCGCAGCGUGUGCAGUUUUGUCGUCAACUUUCGCGUCAGCAUUUCGGUUGCACUGCGGCUUACCUCAAACAAGUGUUGUGCCAGUUCCAACCAUGAAUACUUCAGUUUUCUUCACCUUUGCCCUUCUAGCAUGCCUCGGCACCCUGUGCAGUGCGCAGAUGAAAUGCUAUGAAUGUUCUUACGACCAGGCCAACCCUAAGGACUCAGACUGUUGGAGAGAUGUUGUGAAUGCACCAGACUCUACAGAAGUGGACUGCGCCUCCUACUGCUAUUCUGAGACCUUCCAAUCUGGCGGCCCAAAUGAAAAUGCCAACUACUGGUACAUCCGACGUGGCUGUGCGGGGGCCAAGGACACGACUUGUUCUGACUCGGACAACUGCCACAACGAUGCUUGGGGGGCCUGCAAACGCUGCUGCUCCGGCGAACUGUGCAACGUCGACUCUCCAAGUGGCUCUAACAUGGUCAAGGCUAGCCUCUUGGUGGCGCUCUUUGCUGCUGUCCUGGCAAAAUGGCUGAACUAAGAUCAAUCGUCAAGUCCCAGUCUUGAAGUGUGUUUUUUUUUGGACCGUUUUUUUUAACGUGCAAACUCUGACAUGGUUAUACUAGCUUGGCAGGCAUAGUGGCAAGAAGCAUGAACUAUAUGCAGAUUGAAUUUAACGAGUUCAUUUUUUAAAAUUUCCUGUACAUGUUUGAGAGUGUUAACAUCUACUCAUCAUUGAUAGAAAGAAACAUAUUUUCUCCAACUGCGCUCCUUAACCAGUUUAUAUUGGAAACUUUAUGUGAGUGUCAGAACAAAAAAACCAGAUGUACAUGUACUCCUAGGCAGUAUAAACAUGCAUUUUGCCACCUCCCACUCCGCCUAUUGACUUGCUCCACUCACUUCUUAAUCACUUGGGAAUAUACAAUGCUAUACUUUUGGAAAAUAAGCAGUCACUAUGGGUUAUUAGCCCCUAAAAUUGAGUUGAAAGCAAUAUUUGCAAUCAAAACAAAGAUUUCUCUUUAAUUAAAGCAGAUCUCACAGCAGCUACAUGUACUUCUAUAGAUUUUGAAUGGAUUUUUCUUUUAUUGAAAAGCAGGUUUGAUUUCUUUUAGUUGUGGAAUUUUGUUGGUUCCACCUUUUGUUGUUAUUCAGUUUAUAUGCAUGAAGACAAAUUUUGGUGUAAAUAUAAUUUUGAUGUUGUUUAAGCACACAAUUCUUAUUGUAGAAAUUAUUGUCAUUCAUGAACGAAAGGCUAAUAAUAUAGUGACAGAAAUGUACCUUUGAUUCUUAUAAAAUACAUGGAGAGAAGAUAUUUGAAUGCACUACUUGUCCCAUUAACCCUAACUCCCAAGCAUGAUUUACUAGGAACCAUACCCGGCCUGGAAAAUUGUGGGAAACUUCACAUGCAUUCCUGGCUUUGAUUCUGGAGGUGUGCCAACCCAAUUUAAAAGACUGUCAGUUUACUGGGGUACUGCAGUACUCAUCCUGACAGAUUCCAACAAUACAUGCCGUGGGGGUUGAUGGGUUGAGUUCUGUUAGGGUUAAUCAAUCAUAAAAUAUGAUUUCAUUUAUAGUGAUAGAUCACAUCAUUACUAACAUGUAGAAAAUAAAGUGAAAACUGAUAUUUAUAUUAUAGCUGUCAAUUUUCCUACUGAUGUAGUUUUGCACUUAGCUUCACACAUAGUCAUGAAAGUGACAUACUUUUGGCAUUCCUUUGUAUUUACUUUUUUUUGGUCAUUGUGGGAUAAUCUUAUGUAACCUAUUGAGGUGAACUCUAUGUUCAUCAAUGCAAAUUCGCUGAAUUUGAAAGUUGGUGUGAUUUUCAGGACUAGAAAAUGAAAGUGUGUGCAUAUUUUUACAUUUUAUUAAUCCAUUUUCAUUCUUGAAAAUUCAUGUCCAAGAGUGAACUGAUAUUUUUACAUGUGGUACAUUUGUACUAUAAUUCAGCUUGAUGUCUUCCCACCACAGACCAGAAACAGACAAAACAAAGAUGUGUACGUAGAUUAUAUAUUUGAGUGUUCCAUUCUCAUGUAAAUUAGAUGUUUGUGAUUAUCCCACAGUGUUUGUUUUUGUAGUGAGAAGGAAAUACAUAUAUUUAACACCACACUUUUAUAACUUUGCACCAUGUGUCUUUUACUGAGACUGUAAUAUCUUUUUAAGUUCUAUUUUUCUACUUGUUCGUAAUCUUUCUUUUUCGACUUAUGCCAUUAACACAUAACUUCAGACUUAUUCUCUCCAGAUUAAAUAUUUGUAAAUUUUGAUAUUUUGUAGAGCACAUCAAUAUUAUUGUAACUUUACAACUUAUUACAUUUUGCACCAAGAUCACUUUUAGGAUAAAACAUAAGCAAUAAUUAAGAACACCUGUGAAUAAAUGCAUAUAAAGGUACAUGUACACACUGAGUAUACAUUGUAUACAGUGUUUAUACGUCGGUGAAGGGCAAAACUUUAUACUGAUUUACAUCAUCCUUACACAGAUUCCAUCUUAUGAAUACAUGGACUCGAUGUUGAAGGAAAAUUACCCUUGUAGUUGUACAGUGCAUGUGCACAUUGUUUACAACCCAAGUAGUUUUAUCUUUCAUUUUUAUAUUUCGUGGUUGUGAUUUUGGAGUUUGACAAUAAAAAAAAAUUUUUAACUAGAA